AUGCCUUCCUCACUUGCGAACGCUUAUCUCAAUGAACCCCACGACUCUGCUCUUCCGGGGGCGCCCAUCGACCCAUCGAGCGCCCAAGUUUCGGACACGGAGAAAACGUGUGCCGUCAGCACCCCAGAAGCAAAGAGACAACACUCCCUUGUACAUGAACGAUUGAGUGAACAUAACUUCAAUGAUACAGACACUGUGGCCGAUCCUGACGACGUCUUUUUGACUACCGACCCUGUAUCCCCUUUCAACCCAGACAGUGAGAACUUCAAUGCCCGGACAUGGGCUAAAGCAGUAGCGAAAAUCGCAGCCGGAAACGGUCAGGACUUUCGCCGUAUAGGCUUAUGCUUCCAAAACUUAAGCGUCUUCGGAUACGGCACAUCCGAUGACUUCCAGAAGGAUGUUGCGAAUGUGUGGCUCGCGUUGCCGAACAUGGUGUGCCGCAUGUUCUCUGCUAAAGCUAACACAAGUCGUAUCGACAUCCUGCGCAGCUUCGAUGGUAUCAUUCAGCCAGGGGAGAUGUGUGUUGUCCUUGGGCCUCCUGGAUCUGGUUGUUCCACUUUUCUGAAAGCCAUCGCGGGAGAAACGAACGGCAUAUAUGUCAACCAGACAUCCUAUUUCAACUAUCAUGGAAUCUUAGCAGAGGAACUUCAUUCUUCCCAUCGGGGAGAUGCUAUUUAUACUGCGGAAGUUGAUGUUCAUUUUCCCUCCCUGUCAGUGGGGGAGACAUUGACAUUCGCAUCACGAGCACGAUCCCAGAGAGUGCUACCUCAUGGCAUCACUCGCCGUCAGUAUUGUGAUCGCUUUCGGGAUGCAAUCAUGGCCAUGUAUGGCAUAAGUCACACCAUAGGCAGCAAGGUCGGAGAUGAUUUUGUGCGAGGCGUUUCAGGGGGAGAACGUAAGCGCGUGACAAUCGCGGAGGCCACCCUGUCGGGCGCUCCAUUCCAGUGCUGGGAUAACUCAACUCGUGGUCUCGAUUCAGCAAAUGCGAUUGAGUUUUGCAAGACCCUGAGACUUCAGUCCGAAUUCUUUCGUCAGACUUGUGUUGUUUCCAUGUAUCAAGCUCCUCAGAGUGCCUAUGAUCUAUUUGACAAGGCUUUGCUCAUCUAUGAGGGGCGCCAGAUUUACUUUGGUCCAGCAUCAAGGGCAAAAGAGUACUUUAUCAAUCUCGGAUUCGAUUGCGCUCCACGACAAACCACGCCUGACUUUCUUACAUCCAUGACUUUUCCUGCAGAGCGUAGUGCUCGCACCGGGUGCAGGCCGCCACAGACUCCUGAUGAAUUUGCAGCAGCAUGGAACAGCAGUCCAGAGUACCGGUCUUUGCAGGUCGAAAUCGAGGCUUACAAGGAACAACAUCCGAUUGGUGGUCAAGAUGCGAACACCUAUCGAGAGCUCAAAAGGUCUCACCAGGCUGAGGGACAGCGCCUAAAGUCCCCUUAUACCUUGACCUAUAUGCAGCAGGUUCAACUUUGUGCCUGGCGGGGUUAUCGAAGGCUCAAAGCAGACCCUACAUUAACUCUUACCAUGUCCAUUGGCAAUGUCAUCAUGGCGCUUAUUAUCUCGUCUUUGUUUUUUGACCUUGACCCAGAUACAGAUUCAUUCUACGAUCGAUCAGUUGUCAUUUUCGUGGCCAUCUUGUUCAAUGCUUUCUCUUCGAUGCUCGAGCUUCUCACCCUGUACGCUCACCGACCUAUCAUCGAAAAACAAUCUCGUUACACUUUUUACCACCCGUCUGCCGAGGCAUAUGCCUCUGUACUGGUCGACUUGCCAGUCAAGAUAGCCAAUACCCUUUCCUUCAACUCAGUCUUCUACUUCAUGACAAAUCUCAACCGCUCUCCUGGCCCAUUUUUCUUCUACCUCCUGGUUGUGUUUUGUCUUGUGCUGGCUAUGUCCGGCUUCUUCAGAUCUGUUGGAGCAAUAUCGCGAAGCGAGCAGCAAGCCAUGAUCCCGGCUACAUUGUUGAUGCUUGCUCUGCUGAUUUUUACUGGGUUUAUUGUACCUAUUGAUUAUAUGCUGGGUUGGUGUCGGUGGAUCCGUUAUGUAGACCCAGUCGCAUGGGGUUACGAGUCUUUGAUGGUGAACGAGUUUCAUGGCAGAGUGUUCCUGUGCUCAACUUACGUGCCCGACUACGCAAAUAUCGCCGAUACCACAACCGCUUGUGGCGCCUUGGGAGCUGUACCCGGCCAGCUGUACGUGGACGGAGACGACUUCAUCAAAUCCGCAUACAGCUAUGAACAUGCUCAUAAGUGGCGAAAUGUUGGCAUUAUUGUCGCCAUUGCGGUUCUUACCCACCUCUUUUACUUUAUUGCCAGCGAGUAUGUUACAGCUAAGAAAUCGAAAGGUGAGGUCCUUGUCUUCCGUCGAGGUGUCCUCAUCCCUGCCGCAAUGCAGAAAGAUGAUGUUGAGAAGUCACUCCAGCGUUCAAGACCACCCAUGACAACAUUCACUCAGCCUGACACGGUACCUAUCCGGACCAAGAACGAUAAACAGCAUCUGGGAAGUAUUUUUCAUUGGAGGAAUGUUUGCUAUGACAUCAAAAUCAAAGGUAAGCCUCGGCGCAUCCUGGAAUCCGUCGAUGGCUGGGUCAAGCCUGGUACUCUGACGGCAUUAAUGGGCGUAUCUGGAGCUGGCAAAACCACUCUUCUGGAUUGCCUGGCUGAUCGUCGUGUGGGCGUGGGCAUCCUCACUGGAAAAAUGUUCGUCGACGGUGGUGUUCGCGAUGAGAGUUUCCAACGCAAUACAGGCUAUGCUCAACAACAAGAUCUGCAUUUACAGACCAGUACGGUUCGAGAGGCCCUACAAUUCUCAGCUCUCCUUCGCCAACCAGCCAGCACGUCGAAGGAAGACAAGCUAGCAUACGUGGAGAAGGUCAUGGAUCUUCUAGAUAUGUUCAAUUUCGCCGAUGCUAUUGUUGGUGUCCUAGGAGAGGGUCUGAAUGUUGAGCAGCGCAAGCGUCUAACAAUUGGCGUCGAGCUGGCAGCCAAACCGCCACUCCUACUCUUCGUGGACGAGCCAACUUCAGGUCUCGAUUCUCAAACCAGUUGGGCUAUCCUCGAUCUGCUCCAAAAGCUCUCCGAUGCCGGUCAGGCUAUCCUAUGUACUAUCCAUCAACCUUCUGCAGUGCUCUUUCAGCGAUUUGAUCGCCUACUUCUAUUGGCCGAAGGAGGCCGCACUGUUUACUUUGGUGAAAUUGGUGAAAACUCUAACUUACUUACGGGAUAUUUCGAGAGGAAUGGUGCAGCACCUUGCCCACCAGGCGCGAACCCGGCCGAAUGGAUGCUCGAAGCAAUCGGCGCUGCGCCUGGUAGUCAUUCUGAAGUUGAUUGGUACCAAACAUGGCGCGACAGUCCAGAGUAUCAGACUGUUCAAGGUGAAUUAGCACGACUCGAAUCCCCGAAAUGUGAUCAACCCUCCCCAAAAACUAUAACGGAUGUUUCUCGAUAUCAAGAGUUCGCAGCCCCACUUUGGCAGCAGUUCUCGAUUGUCACAGUGCGGGCAUUUCAAAACUUAUACCGAACACCAAGCUACAUUUACUCCAAGCUCUUGCUUUGUGCUGGAACUAGCCUGUUCAUUGGUCUUGUUUUCCUCGACGCACCGUUGACUAAGCAGGGACUUCAAAACCAGAUGUUCGCUGCUUUCGAAAUUUGUAGUAUAUUAUCAACGGUGGUGAAUCAGCAAAUCCCCUAUUUCGUUGAGCAGCGCUCCCUUUAUGAAGUCCGAGAACGACCUGCCAAGACGUAUUCAUGGAAGAUCUUCAUGCUCAGUCAAAUCCUCUCCGAGCUUCCCUACACACUCUUCGCAUCAAUAAUCAUGUGGGCACUGGUGUACUAUCCGGUCGGCUUCUCCAGGAACGCCGAAAUCGCUGGACAGGCAGUUGAGCGUGGGGCACUGAUGUGGCUUCUAUUCUGGCAACUUCUCCUUUUCGCCUCGACCUUUGCACACUUGUGUAUCAGUUGGAACUCCAAUGCCGAAGCAGGUGGUAACGCCGCAAACUUCCUGUUCAUCUUGGUGUUCUUCUUUUGCGGCGUGUUGAGCCCACCAGAUGCAAUGCCCAGAUUCUGGAUUUUUCUAUACCGGGUGUCGCCUAUAGGGUAUUGGGUCUCGACCGUCUUGUCGACUGGACUUGCAAAUGUCGAUGUUCAAUGCGCAAGUAAUGAAUGGACUGCAGUCACUCCGCCUCAAGGCAGCACAUGUGGUGAUUACAUGGCUGACUACAUUGCGCAAGUUGGUGGCUAUGUCAUGGAUCCAGGAUCGACGAGUACCUGCAGCUACUGUGCAAUCAAGGAUACGAAUGUGUUCUUAGCGAGUAUCAGCGCUCACUACGAGGAUAGGUGGCGUAAUUUCGGCAUCUUGUGGGCAUUCAUCCUGUUCAAUAUCUUCGGUGCGAUCGUUCUCUACUGGAUUGCCAGGGUUCCGAAGGGGAAGAAGAAGAUAUUGUGA